AUGUGGAGCCGGAGUGGAUCGCCGAGGGACACCGGAGGGCCGUCAUCGUCGCCGGAAAGCGAGUUAUGCAAUUGCAAAGGACAUCACAAACUACGCCAAACUGGUGGAAAGGUUCAACAUAUAACCAAAGAAGAGAGUUGGGAAGUAAAAAUAGCAGAGGCUAGGCGAAAUGGUAAAAUUGUUGUGGUUAAAUUUUCUGCAACUUGGUGCAAGAACUGUAAAGAGAUAGCAGCAACCUAUCGCGAUCUUGCUGACAAGUAUCCUUCUUUAGUUUUUCUCUCUGUAGAUGUUGAUGAGAUGACAGAAUUUUGUACAUCAUUUGAUAUUAAAGCCACCCCAACCUUCUAUUUCCUUAGAUCUGGUCAGCCAAUGGAUAAACUAGUAGGAGCCAACAAAGUUGAACUUCGAAGGAAGCUUGCUACCAUUGCUGAAUUAUCGGCAAGGAUGUGAAUUUCAGACUCCCUUCAGAAGUUUUCCUGUAAACGAUGACUUGUAAUUGCAUAAGUUAUGAUGUGGCUUGCUUUCUUGUGCUAUAGAAGGCUUUCCUAUAAUGGUGGGAAUGUGGCUUGCUUUCUUGACUCUUGUUGCUAUAGAAGUCGUUCCCGUAAUUUUGAAAGCUCUUGUACAUGCUUGCUCUAUCAAUUAGGAGAGAAGUGAAGCUUGACGGACUAAACAGAAGUUGAUAUUUCUAUAUGUAUGCUUUGUCAAUAAUAAUAUGAAUGUAAUAGGUGUUGAUCUUUAGAGCAUUCAAAAUGGUGAAUGAUAGAACUUUGUAAACUAGACAAAAUUAAUUAUUUGUUUUGUAGUAGUUUGAACAAAUCAAUGGUAAAUUUUAUUUGUAUACAUAUA